ACUCCAGCAUGGACACCAAAAAGAAGUUGCCUCGUUAUGUGGGGGUUGAACGCCCAUCUGAAAGGUCUCGAAGGAAGACACACAGCUCAAAAGUGGAGCAGGAGCAAAUUCAAAAGAGAACAUUCACCAACUGGAUCAAUGCCCAGUUGUCCAAGAGGAGGCCUCCAGUUGCAGUGCUGGACCUUUUCAAUGAUCUUAAGGAUGGAAGCAGAUUAUUGGACCUGCUGGAGGUGAUGAGUGGUCAGAGAAUGAGCCGGGAGAAAGGAAGAGGGACAUUUCAGCACAGAACAGACAUUGAGAAAGCGCUGGCAUUCCUUAAGAGGAAAUCGAUCAAACUGGUCAACAUCAAUGUCUCAGACAUCAUUGAUGGAAAGCCUUCCAUCAUUCUGGGUCUGGUCUGGACAAUCAUCAUGCACUUCCAUAUUGAAGAGUUGGCAAGCACCUUAUCCUUUAGUUCUCGCCAGUCGUCUUUGGAGUCACUGGCUAGUUUGGACACUCGUUCAACCAGCAGUAGUGCCCGCAGCAGUCCAGUGCCACCCAGAGGUUCACCCUUGCACACACGUUUCCGUGUAUCUGCCAAGAAAGCCCUGCUGCUGUGGGUCAGAGAGCAGUGCCACAGGGCGGGUUGUACUCUGAAUGUAAAGGAUUUUAAGUGGAGCUGGAGGAGUGGGGUGGUGUUUUUGGCGAUACUUUAUGCUCUAAGGCCGAAUGUAGUGGACCUGUCUAGAGCCAAAACCAGAAGCAACAGACAGAACCUGGAGGAGGCUUUCCACAUCGCUGAAAGAGAACUUCGCAUACCAAGACUACUAGAUCCAGCUGAUGUUGAUGUUAGGGACCCUGAUGAGAAGUCAAUUAUGACUUAUGUUGCUCAGUUCCUGCAGUACUCAAAAGAAACUCCUGUUUCUGAUGAGGAAACGCAGUAUCUCACUCCUCCUCAGCGUCUCUCUCCUGUCAAUCUGCCAUCUGACUUCACCCCAUCUGUAGCUGCAUCACCUCUAAGACAGACCUCAGCCAACCAGAAGGCUCAGGAGGUCACAUGCUGGUUGUUUCAGGCCUAUCAGGAGCUUAUUGAGGGGUGGGACUCCACUGAGGGAGAGAGCUAUGCUGAGCGAUACCACGUCUUCCAUACCUUCAUUGUGUCCUUUAAUGAGCAGCGACGACCUGUGAUGCCGUUACUAACAGUGAUGAAGAGGACUCCUCAGCUCAGUGCAGAACAGAAAGCUCUCAGACGAGCCUGGGACACUCUUGCUGAGAAGCUGCGUGAGUACAAAACAGAACUGGACCUGAGUCUCCCAGCUCCACUGGACACUGUGGGUGGCUGGUUGUUGCGUAUUGAAGAGGUUUUAUCUGCUGAAGAGGGCGAUCCAUUGGAUCACGCCCGAGCUGCGAAAGAAGCCCGUGAGAAACUCGAACUACUGAAGGUGUGUUUGGAGGAGAUGCCACACCAUCUCAAGAGGUUUAACAUGUUUCAGAACACGGAUGAGUUUGGAGAGGCUCUUGUGCCGACAGACAAGAUGGAAGAGAUCAAGAGAAGGUUCACCAGUGUCCGUGUAACAGCUAAAUAUCAUGGCAUAAAGCUAGAGUAUCAUGAGCACAGACACACAGUGUUAGAUCUGCUGAAUCAACUCAACAUUAAAUUGCGUUCUUGGAAAAGAGCCUACAUUUCCCAGCAGGCCGUUUGUGUGCUGAUGCAGGACUGGAAUGAGACUGUGAACAAACAGGAACUGACUUCAUUGCUGGAUGGAGCCCUCCAUAGACUCAAACUCAUCGCAAGCAAAUACACCAGCAAGGCUGCUUUGGCUGGAGACUCCAGUCAGGUCAAUCGUCAGGUGUCUGAUCUGGAAGCAGAUGCAGUAGCAACACUGGAGGGUGUACGGAUGGUGAGGGGAACUAUGGGCCGUGUGCUGACAGCAUGGGACUCUUACAAUGACAUCUACACCUCACUGCAUGCGUGGCUGGAGCAGGGACCACAUGGCCAGCGUCACGGACAGAGAACAGAGGUGACGUUAUCGAUUAUGUCAGAGUGGAGUUCUCGUCAGGUUCACCUGAAUGAGGUGGGCAACUACCUGAUUGAGGUGACAGACCCACAGACUAGCCGCACCAUUUCAGAUGAACUCUGCAAGAUAAAUCUGCUCUGGGCUGACUUUGCCAAAACAACCCAGUUUGCUUUAACUGAUGAGCCCAUGGUUGCCCCAUCCAGUCCUCACAUGGUUCAAGCCUUGAUGAGGGAGGCCACUCAGCUAUUGAAGGAACCUGUGGAGGUGGUUUCUGGACCACUGCGUACCUACACAAAGCGACUGCAGCUUAUGAUGAAGAAGAUAAAGGAUGUUGAUCUAGAGGCCCUCUCCCCAUCUCUAGAUUGUUCUCCAGAAACCCUGAGCAAAUUUCAGCAGGCCAUUCCUGAGGUGUUGCAGACACUCUGUGAGGCUGAACAAGUGUGCGAUGAGCUGCGUCUGAGUGUGAGUGGGUUAGACGGGCGUCUAGCUGAACUCAUACACUGGGAGACUGAAGCCAGAGAGCUUUACCAGCUCCUGAAAGAGGAACCACACAGGCAGAAGAGAGGACAGGACCCCAGAGCCAGGCUUUUGAUUUCGAGGGGACUACAGUUAGAGGGCCAGGUGGUUACGGAAGAGCAGGAUCUGCAGAUCAUGGUAAUGACGGGUCAGAAGACUUCACCACUGCAGUAUCUCAUCGCAUCCACCAUGCAGGACAGAGUCCGCACUGCUGUGGAAAAGUCACAGGAAGCAGUAGGGAUGCUCAGCUCCUUGGGGGCUUGCAGAGACAAAAGCCCUCCUAGAGACCAGCCACCUGCCAAGAUCUUUGUCCAACUUCCGAAAACAGAGGAAGAGCCCCAAGCAUCCCAAGCUGCAGCCCUCAAGGCUGAGCCGUGUAGUCAGUCUGUGCCCAUUAUUGUUGUACAAGAGUGUGAAGAUGAGAAAAGGAGUCCACAACAACAAAUACAGCCGUAUGAGCAAGGGGAACACUCCCACACUCAGUCCACUGAACUGAAUUCACAAAAAGUUUCCCAGGUUCAAGCAAGAAUAGAGAUACAUCACAUAGAAAGCCAGCAACAGUGGUUAGAAAUGCAGAACCAAGAGCAAGUGCAAGCACCAAUAACUAGCCAGCAAACUCCACAGAACAUACAACAAGCGACAUCACAAGUUCAUGCUCAACAAUUAGCAACACUACCAUCAGAAAAAUCCCAACAAGAGAAAACCCAUCUGGCAUCCUCUGUACCAAAACAGCAGAUAGUUCAAGUACAAACACCAGCCCAGCCACAGCCUCAGUGUCAACCAGAGACACAAUCACAGAAGGAGGGUGCAGGCCAACAACAGGUUCCAACCCAGCAGAAGAUGAGUGCAAAGAAGUCCAAGGCACGUCUACAGAACAGACCUUGGCUUCAACAGGGGGGUCAAUUGGAAAGUGUUACUCAAAAACCAGCUCAGAUGGUGCCACAAUCUCUGUCAGAGCCAGAGGAUAUAGGUCAGAUAAGUCCUCAAGCACCCUUUCAGCCUGUAGUUGCUUCCAGCUCACCAGAGGCUCAGGAACCUAAUCAAGAUGUAACACAGGCACAGUCGAAAAGCAUUGUACAGAGUGAGUCAAAACGCCUGAAGCAACCACAAGCAGGGCAACCCCUUGUAGUGGCACAAAAACUACCUCAAAUUUUGUCGAAAACUCCAGAACCACCAGUGACCCAAAAGCAACCACGACAGCCAGCAACUUUUCCAAUUCAUCAACAAGUUCUGACCCAACAACAACCUCAACUCCCUAUUUUAACUCAAGCUCAAACAGCUACACAAAAACCACAAGCCACUGCAUCCAUUCAGCAACCUCAAACACAAACUGUGACACAACAACCUCAAGUGAUGAUUCAGAAACAGUCACAACCUGAAUCCAUGAUUCCCAUACAGCCACAUGUUAUGGCCCAUUGGCAGCCAAAACAGACUAUAGCUCAAUCUCAUCCUUCAGUGCCCCAACCACAAAGAUUUCCAUUAGCCCAAGCAGUACCCCAAGGCAUUUCCAGACCAGUCCAACAGUGGCCAACAACUUUCGUUCAGCCACAAGUAAUGCAGAGAAAAGAGUCACCACAGGCUGUAGUUCAGUCCCAGCCACCCUCACAGCAAGCUCAGACUGUUAUUUUUCCUCAAACCAAAGGUACAUCACCCAUAAAACCCAGAGUCAUCUCUAUGCCCAGACCCCAGAUGCCUGUCCAAUCUCAGACCCAGGUCACAGCACAGAGCAACACACAGCAUAUGGUUCAACCACAGGAGCAACCCCAGUGGAGUCCAAUUACACCAGGAGAUGUCACCCAACCUUACCCCAAAGUCCAAGGACCAGUUUCUGUCGCUGCUCAAAUGCAGCCUCUGGCCCAUUUUCAAACUCAUCCCCAACCUCAAUAUGCCCAUCCAGCUCAACCUCAGCAAUGGCCACCAAUAAGACCAGGAAUAGUCACCCAGACCUACCCCACUGUCCAAGUUCCUGGUCAGGUAGUCCAACCUCAACCUCAAUUGCUAGUUUAUUCUAAAAACCAGCCACAUUUUCAAGCUCAGCAGUGGUCAUCUCCAAGACCUGAAUCAUUUCCCCAUUCUUAUGGACAGAUAAGACCUCAAGGUCCAGUUCAGCAUAUGGUUCCCUCCGAAACAUGGAAGCCUGUCAGUCAAGAGGUAGUUAGUCCAGUAUACCCCAGGGUUGAGACUCAAGGACGAGGACAAAAUCAAGCCCUACAGAAACCACAAAACCCUCAACUGCAAUGGGAUACGUUCCGGCCAGAACUUCAGCCUCAGGUCUCCUCCCAGACUAUGUUCCAAGGUGUUCCUCAGCCAGUAGCUCCAUGGAAUCAACCACCUGCUCAAGCUCCAAUAAGACUUCACAGUCCACAGCAGCCUCAGCAAAGUCAGCAACAAUGGGGUCUAUCCAUGACAGUGGCGUCAUCUCAAACUCACAUCAAAAGCCAAGAAGUCCAGGCUUCGCUUCAGUCCCAAGUCCCGACAAAGCCCCAGUUACCAGCACAGAAACCAUCCCAACAGCAGUCAUCUCCUCGGGUUAAGCAGCCAGCACUUGCCCAGGCUCCUCCUCAGGCCUACACUGAGGCUUAUACAAAAGCACAGGCCCUGGUUAGGAAUAGAUUCGAGGAAGCCAAGCACUGUCUUCAAGAGCACAUACUUGAAGCUAUCAAUGUAUUCAAGGACAAGCAUAUGACGGACGAACAGGCAUCAUUUAAGGAGAAGACACUUAGGACUCUGGACACUGAGCUCCUUGAAGAGUUCUUGAGGGCUGUGGAAGGAAUUGAAGCUUUCUGCACCCCAUCUGAACUUAGAGACAUGGAGUUUUUCACCCAAUCUGUUAGAACACAGUGGGAGGCCUGUUUUUCAGCAGAUGGCAGCCUGGCACAAGCAGGGCAGCAGCUGGAAGCUCUGAAGGAGUUGUGUGAUACUCUGAGCCCUGAGGAUGCACACAGGCUUGCACAGGCCCAACUCAGAGAAUGUGAGAGACGACUUGCUGCCAUCCAGCGGCAGUUCAGUGGAGACCAAGAUACACUUCCUCCAGACACUGGUGCUCAAAUCGAGCAAAUGAAAGAGCCACCCACACAGAAAGCGCCAACAGCCCCACCAUCUGCUGAGAAGCCCAAAGAGGUUAUUGUUUCAGAGGCUGCUACACCAGUUAGCCCCCAGCGGCUUAGGACUGUGGAGAAGAAAGAGAUAGUGAAACAAACAAGUACAGAGGAAGACAGGUACCGCAGCUGCAGAUUUGCGCUACAGGCUCAGCUGAACAGGAAUGAACAAUGCAUGCUGGGAGAUCGUCCCUCAGAAUCAGUCACUCCCACAGACCUGCAGAAACGGCUUAGAGAAUUUAAGGCUCUAUGGGAUGAGACGGAGUCACUAUGGAAGGAAUAUGAAGCGCUGUGUAUGCAGUGUGUGCAGUUUAACGAACGCAGCAUUGAGCAGGACCGAACGGAGCUCACUGUCAGGUGGAGAGAGCAGAGGUCACAGUUACAGUGCAGGGUGGAUUCACUGGGAGCAGCACUUGAGCUCAUGGAAUCUAUUGAGCUGAAGAUUUCUGAGAUUUCUGAAAGACUGGACAAGUUCAUCAAAGAGCCUAAAAACAUUAAGGGAUAUACACCAGACAACCCUGCCAUAUUGAGAGAUGUGAAGGACUUAGAUGAAGGAAUCCAGACAGAGAUGGAUCGUCUGUCUCGGUUCGACUCUGAGCCCAGUCAUCUGGACUUGCGGGACCGGUCCCCUCUCACACAGGUAGUUCUAAACCAUAGAUCCAGCCUGGACCGGCUCAGACAACAGGUGCGCAAGAGUGAUGCUGCAGCCCGUGCUCUCGAUCGCUUCCUCAUGUCCCUGCGCACCGUGGAGCUGGAUGUUUCUUCUGUGCAGACCGCCCCCAGCAGUGACCCUGCGGUACUGCAGGACAGCAGAUCUAAGCUGGCACUGAUCAGGAAGGGAGUCAGCAGCCUCAAGGAUAAGGCUCCACAGUUGGACCAGCUCUUGGGUGGAGCACAGCUAUCAGUGACCCAAAACGGUAGCCCUGUUUCCUGCCUGGAUAUGGUGGGGUUUCUGAUGUGUAGGGUGGAGGAGGUGGACGAUCGGCUCAUAGUUCGACAGAAGGAGGUCCAGAAGGAACAGCAGAGCCAAGGACUCAGCCUGAGGAGGAAGACUAUGCUGGCCGAGCUGAGGAAAGUGCAGGGAGCAGCAGAGAAACAGGGUCUGAAGGAUUCCACCAUGCCAGCCGUGCAGCACAGGAUGCGAGCACUGUCUGAUCUGGAUUCUCAAUUUAACUCACUUCGGCCGGAAUAUCAAAGCAUCAAAAAGGCUCUGUCCGAACUCUCUUCACUGAAAGAGCAGCCUGAUCCAGCGGAGGAGGAGCUGGACUCCCUUUGGGAGGAGACAGAGAGAGCUGUAUCUGACAGACAAGAGCAGUGCUCUGUUUUACUGGAACUGCUAAAGAAGUUUCAGAGCUGUCGCAGUUACCUUGGAAACACUCUCCAGAGGGCAGAGCAAACUAUGAAUGAGCAGGCGUCAUACAUGGGCAAAGACAACCUGCAACGCCUCCUAGCAAAAGUCACUGGCAUAAAGGAGGAUCUCAGUGGUCUUGGACCCAAAAUGGAGGAGCUCAGAGCCGUGUGCAGACAAUUGCAGUCUCAGCUGAAGAAAAUCCCUGACUGCUCGGAAGCUCCAUUUGAGACAGAAGCAGAUGCUUUGGUGGACUCUUGGCUAGAUGUUUCAGAGAAGACAGACAGUUACAUGGAUAACUUGCGUGUGGGUCUGGAGUUGUGGGAGAAACAGCUUGUUCUGGGUGGAGAAGUGGAUAGCUGGACUUCCACUAAACUCAUCAUCUUCUCAGAGUCCCACCCUUUCAGCAGCGAGGAGGAGGUUCUCAGCAUGAAGAAUGAGAUUCAAUGCCAGGAAGACAACCUUGAACACUUUCACAGAAAGUUACUAGAGAUCCAGGAACUGCUGCAGAGUAAAGAGUCUCCUCUCGAGUUGCAGGUAAUGGAAACAAACCUUAGAAAGAAAAUGGAGCAGGUAAAGGAGCUCUUCUCUGACUGCACUGAUGUCUUCCAAGAGCUCCUUACAGUUAAAGCUCAUCUCACUCAGAAGAUUGACACCUGCCAGUCAUCUGUGGAGAACAUACGCUCCUCAGUAGACAUGCUCAGUUCAGAAGACCGCACACAGCUUGAUGCACAAUUACAGGAGCUGUGUGAGCAGCUUUUGGACCAGGAGGAGCAGGCUGACUCUUUGUUAAAGGAAAUCACUCUCAUGUACAGCAUUACUGGACCAGACGCCAUGGAAGAACUGACCAAUCGCAGCAAGCAUUUUAAAGACAGCAUUGUAGAAACUCGGGAGCUGAUUCGUCAGAAGAAAGAACAAGGGGAAAAAAGCUUCCUUCAGACUAUUAAAGAAAAGUGCCAGUCAUUUGAGGAAUGGUUGCAGGAUGAGCAGCUCUCUAUAAAUGAGUGCUUUGAAAACCCAGAGCGGAGGCAAGACUUGGAAGCUUCCAUGCAGAGACUGAUGAGUUUCCUGGCUUCUAAAGAUGGAGAAGAGCAUCUGUCCCAGUUGAAGGAGAGGUUUGAGAAAGGUGGACAGGAUAAGGUUCCUGCUGAGGCUCAGGCUUUGCUUUCCACGUGGCAGCAGGAACAGGAAGGAGAACUGGCCACACUGAGGGCUCACUGCCAGGGACGACAUAAACAGCUUGAUGACAUCCUCCAAAAACUCAACAGUUUACAGGAGGAACAUAACCAUUUUAAAGACUGGAUUCAGCAUAAGAAACAAGUGCCUGAACACAGAGAAAAACUGAGACAACUUCAAGAGGAGUUUCUUAAAGAAAGUGGUCGUGUGGAGGCCUUUCGUGACCUGUUAUCCACGGUAAGGAUGCGUGGCCUGAGGGGUGACCCACUGCUAAGAGACAGUGAGGCCCUGAUAGAUCAAUACCUUAGCAUGGGGAUUCUUUUGGAGAACCAGGUCCAAGUCUACAAGGCCCUCGAUGAUCAAGCUGAAACAUUCCAAACCAAGGCAGAGCAGACCAGAGCCUGGAUCAAAGAUGUAAAGAAAGGACUUGAGUCCUUGGGAGCGGAGACCCCAACACAAGAAAAGCAUAUUAAGGCUCAGGCUGUUCUUCAUCUAAGUCCUGAGGGUGACACUAAAUUAGUGGCACUGAAAGAAGUGGGAGAGGCUUUAUGUGCUCACGAGGUCUUGGAAGACAGCAGAAGACAGGAGCUCUGUCACACCUUGAGAAACCUUGAGGAUGAGUGGAAAAGAGUUCUGGAUAAUGCUCAACAGCUAAAAAAUCAGGCAGAGCUCCAAGAUUCACUCUCUAAAGAACUACAAGCCCUUGAGGACCAGGAAAAGAGCACCCAGUCCUGGAUGAGAGAACAACUGGAAAUGCUGCACUCUCUGGGGAAGGAACUUCAGCCACAGGAAAAACUGAACAAAGUGCAGGCUGUCCUGGACCUUCAUCCUGAAGCUGAAUCCAGAUUGGCCCAUUUAAAGAGACAAGGGCAAAACAUAUGUUCUUAUAAAGAACUUGAUAAUGAGAGGAGGAGCCACAUUGACCAAACCCAGAGAGCAGUAAAUGAGGAGUGGAAAAAAGUGGUACAACUAGCUCAGGAGUUUAAGAACCAGUUUGAGCAUGAGGAUUCUCUCAACAGAGAGCUAUUGACCUUCCAUGAUCAAAAGGAGGAUACGUGCUCCUUGAUUAGACAGCUGAAACAGAACCUGGAUUCCUUUGAUGGAACAUCUUCCAUUCAGGAGAAACUAAACAGAGUUGAGGCUGUACUAUCUCACAGAUCUGAGGGGGAUGACAAACUCAUUGACUUAAAGAGGAAAGGAGAGAGUCUAUGUUCCUGUCAGGAUCUGAAGGAGGACAGACGUCAAAGAGUCCAACAGAUGUUACAAGAUGUACAGGAGGAGUGGACAGCAGUUAUGAUGGAUGCUCAGGAGUUAAAGAAGCAAUCAGAACUUGAGGAAUCUCUUUCUAAGGACCUUCAGGAUCUUCUAGACCAGGAGAAGAGCACUCAGUCCUGGAUAAAAGAGCAGCAGCUAAAGAUCGAAAUGCUGGGUGAAGAUACUCAGCUACAACAGAGAAUUGAUGGUGCUCAAGCUAUCCUGAACUUGGAAUCAGACGGAAAUUGCAAGCUUGCCACCCUGAGGAGAAGAGCUGAGGGUUUGUGUUCUCAUGAAGGGUUGGAUGAGAAUAGAAAGCAAGAAAUCCAGCAGAACCUGAGAACCAUUGAAGAAGAAUGGAAGAAGGUACUGGCGGUUGCACAAGAGCUGAAGAACCAGGCUGAACUCCAGGAUUCUCUUUCAAGGGAGCUUCAAAAUGUUUAUUCACAGGAGGAGAGCACCUGGUCCUGGAUGAAGAACCAGAAAGAUGACCUGGACUCAUUGGGGAAAAACACUCAUGGUACUCAGGAGCAGAUUGAGAAGAGACUGAAUAAAGCACAGGCAAUUCUAAAUCUUUGUUCUGAGGGCAAUUCUAAGAUUGCAGCCCUGAAAAGUACAGUGGACAAUCUGUACAUCCGUAAAGAUCUGGAUGAAGACACAAGACAUUUACUCAUUAAGAAGAUGAGAAGUUUAGAGGAGGAGUGGAAUGGAACAAUGCUGCAAGCACUAGAGCUGCAUAGUCUGCUGAAAAGUGUAGUCGAGCAUCUGGUGUCCUGUCAGUGUCAGAGGGAGCAGCUUCAGUCCCAUCUGGAGCAGGUUAAACAGCAGAUUUCUGCACUGCCCCGUCACUUUCCCUGGCCUGGUUUAGGGGAUCGAAGGCACACAGUGGAACAGGCUAGGAGUCUGCUGGACCGCACAAAAGCCCUGACCCCAUCUUUGUCUACUCUAAGGGUGCUCGGGAGGGAGAUGAGCCAGCUGACCCAGGAUUCCAGCUGGAUUGAUCCAUCCUGGACCACCAUUGAGGAGUGCAUACCAGAAUUAAUCAAAGAGCUUACGGAUUUUUGUGUAAAUGUUGAAGAGGAAAUCCGAAAAGAGAGAGUUUGUGCUCAGUUAGUUGAGCAGCACACCGUUGCUCAGGAUUGGCUAAGAGAGCAGGUCAAAGGUUUUGGUGCCCUGCCCACUGAACGCCAUGGGUUACAGGGCUCUAUCAACACUCUUAAGGCUCUUCUUCAGACUGCAGACAGAGAGAAGAGAGAGAUGAGAGAUCUGGAUGCUGUUAAAGAUUCCCUGAUGCACCUCUGCACCCCUGGAGGUCGUGAUGCCCUGACCUUAGAGGUUAGCCACCUUCAUGACCUCUGUGUGUCCUCAGAAAAUGAAUUGAGGGAAUGGCUAGCUGUGUGUGAGGCCAGAUUGGGUGAGAUUGACCUCAGGCUUGCUGGCAGGGCACAGAUUCUGAGGGCACAGGCAGAGACCCUCCUGGAUGAGCUGCGUGCUCAGGACAACUCUUUAGGAUUUUUAGAUGGCAGACAGAAUAUCUGCCAGCUUCAAGAAAACUGGCAUAAUUUCAAGAUUUGUGAGAAAGAUGUUGAGGCUUUAGAGGGCAAAGUUCGUGACCUUGGUCAGGCCCUCCAUAUGGUCUCUCCUGAUGAGGAGCCCCCUAGUGAUGUCAUUUCGGUAGUGGAAACAGUUACGCAGCAAUAUUGCAGUCUGCGAUCGAAACUGUUGGAAAGACAAAAUGAUUGUGCAGACAGCACUGUGCAGUGUGUGAGACAGGCCUUACAAAGCAUACAGUCCUGGAACCAGACAAGAAAUGCAAAUCUUCCUUGCAGCUCAACCAUGUCCAUGCAGGCUGCAAUUGAGGAAGGAGCGAAACUUUGUAAAAGCCUGCAGGUGGCGCUGUCCUAUAAAGAGCUGCUGAGGGAUUGCUUGGGCCCUGACUUGGCCGGCAAGCUUGAAAGAGAUGGCAUAAAAGCACUAAAUGAAACAGAGGCUCACAUGAAUGACCUUAAACAGGAACUUGAGAAUCUUGAGAAGGUGAAACAGGAAGCUCAGCGGUUGUCACUGGAGGCUCAAAGCAUCAAGCUGGACUCACAGGUUUCUGCUGUGACAACAUCAACCAAUGAGUUUACACAGUCAGUGUUUGUUUCUUCUGCAUCCAUCAUCAUGGAGAGCUGUGUAAAGACAGAUGGCAAUGAACAGGCUAAGGUACAGCCAUCUGAAAACCCUGAGAGCAAGAUCCCUGUAUGUUUACUCUCAGAAACUACAUCAGAAUUAGAAACUUACACUGCAGGAAAAACCCCACCAACAUUAGAGACUGAUAUUGAACAGGCUGAGCUCAAAACAACUGUACAGGUAGCCACAGAGUUGGUAACUGAGCCAGACACAAGUGUGUGUAAAUUUGCUAUUGCUACAAGCAGCCAUGAAGCAAAUGAAGGUGAGUCGAAGUGCAUCUCUGUUGCUUUGGAAACAAAGCCUGAGAAUGAUGAGAAUGCAGAUGAAAAGAUGCAAACUGCCUCAUCUGUAGCUCUUCACAGCUUGGAAGUAAUAGAUAUAGAAAUCUAUGGCACUGAAAGUUUAAGCAGAGAAAGGCAAGAAAGCCAACUGUCUAUUGAGGUUUUAAGUUCUGACUCAUUCGCUGAAAGAAUGGAGAAUGAUAAGAUAGAGCCAAUGGCUUCAGAUGAAGAUAAAGAGGAAGAGGACUCAUAUAUUCCACAUUCUCAAGAGCAAUGUGGUAGAGAAAGUGAAAUUCAAACAAAAAAGGUUGCUGCAGUUAUUUUGGAUGUAGAUACGGUGCACAUACAGAGUGUGGACACACCCUCAGAUAGUACUACAGUGAGCAUAGUUUCUGCUAGUGCUAUUGGGAAUGAGAACACACAGUGGCAAACAAUGGGCAAACAAGAUAAUAACAUUUUGGGUCCUCCAGAAGCUGAGGAUUCAAAGAGCAUUCAGUGUUCUCUAAAUAAGCCAGGCAUGGAAAAUGUGUCAGUAAUAAGUUCAGCAAUAGGACCAUAUCAGUCAGAGCUUGCUGAGAUAGACACUAACAGACAAGUGCAAGCAACCUUAGCCCCACCCACAGAAGCACAAGUUAUCGGUGAUGCUGCUACGAGAGGUGUUGGAACAUUGACUUGGAAUAAUGGACCAAAUGCUGCACGUGCUGACAUAGAGGGCAACUGGACCACAGAUAAUGGCCCGCAUGAACUCCAACGCAGAUAUAUUAUUCUAGACUUCCCUGAGGAAAUGCAGAUGCAGAGACAUCAUGCUCAUGAAGCCACUCCUUUCAGAGAACGCACUGAGGCAGAAAUUCAGGGAUCAGAACGUCUAACUUCAGAAAGACUGGAGAGAGAAGUUGGGGCAGUAUCUGCUGAGAGACACACAGAGGUUCUGGCCAGCACAAAGAGGCCUAUAGAAGCAUUAGAAGAGUCUGAACCAGUUCAAUUAAAUCUAGACCUUCCUACAGAAGACAAAGUUGUAAGUGGAGAGGUCAUGCAUGUCAUUGAAGAGAAAAAGGUCAAGAAGACCCCAUCAGGUAAUAAAGCACAAUCCAUUGAAACUAAAUCAAAAUUGACACCUCCAAUCAAGCAAUGGAAUGAGGAUGAAACUGAGGUCGAGUCAGAAAGUAUGGAUGUCUCACCAACACAAGAGGACAAACCUGAAGUUGGAGAGGCCAUGGAUGUCAUUAAGGGAGAAGAGACAAAGAAGAACCCAUCAGAUAAUAAAGUACAAUCCGUAGAAAUUGGACCUAGACCCAUGCCACCAGUCAGGCGUCAAAAUGAGGAUGAAACUGAGGUCCCGUCAGACAAGAUGGUUGUCAUAUCAACACCAGCAGAACAACUUGCAGGUGGAGACACAAAGUAUAUCAUUGAGGAAGAAGAGUCAAAGAAGACCCCAUUAGUUCAUAAUGCACUAUCAAUAGUAGCUGAACCUAAACUGAUGCCACCAUUCAAGCGACCAAAUGAGGGUGAAACUAAUGUCCAAAGAAACAAGAUGGAUGUCUCACCAAAACCUAGGAAGAAACCUGAAGAUAGAGACACUAUGCAUUUAACUGAGGGGAAAGAGUCGAAAAAGACCCCAUCAGGUGCUAAAGCACAAUCCAUGAAAAUUAAACCUAAACCAACGCCACCAGAAAGGCAACGAAAAGAGGCUGAAACUGAGGUCCCAUCUGACAAGGUGGAUGUCUCAUUAUCAUCAACAGAAAAAUCUGAAAAUGAAGACACCAUUCAUAUAAUUAAGGAGGAAGAGUCUAAAAAUACCCCAUCAGAUAAUAAAGCACAAUCCGCAAAAAUUGGACUCAGACCCACACCACCUGUCAGGCGUCAAAAUGAGGAUGAAACUGAGGUCCAGUCAGACAAGAUGGUUGUCACAUCAACACCAGCAGAAAAAUGUGCAGGUGGAGACACAGUCUAUAUCAUUGAGGAAGAAGAGACCCCAUCAGGUAAUAAAGCACAAUCCACUGAAGCUAAAUCUAAAUUGACACCUCCAAUCAAGCAAUGGAAUGAGGAUGAAACUGAGGUCCUGUCAGAAAGUAUGGAUGUCUCACCAACACCAGAGGACAAACCUGAAGUUGGAGAGCCCAUGGAUGUCAUUAAGGGAGAAGAGACAAAGAAGACCCCAUCAGAUAAUAAAGAACAAUCCCUAGAAACUGGACCUAGACCCACCCCACCAGUCAGGCGUCGAAAUGAUGAUGAAACCGAGGUCCACGCAGACAAGAUGCUUGUCAUAUCAACACCAGCAGAAAGACUUGCAGGUGGAGACACAGUGUAUAUCAUUGAGGAAGAAGAGACCCCAUUAGUUGAUAAAGCACAAUCCAUAGUAGCUGAACCUAAACUGAUGCCACAAGUCAGGCAACCAAAUGAGGGUGAAACUAAUGUCCAAUCAGACAAGAUGGAUGUCUCAUCAACACCAGGGGAGAAACCUGAAGUUAGAGACACUAUGCAUUUCAAUGAGGAGAAAGAAUCGAAAAAGACCCCAUCAGGUGCUAAAGCACAAUCCAUGAAAUUUGAACCUAAACCGAUGCCACCAGAAAGGCGACGAAAAGAGGCUGAAACUGAGGUCCCAUUUGACAAGGUUGAUAACUCAUUAACAUCAGCAGAAAAACCUGAAAAUGGAGACACCAUUCAUAUAAUUAAGGAGGAAGAGUCUAAAAAUACCCCAUCAGAUAAUAAAGCACAAUCCGCAAAAAUUGGACCCAAACCCACACCACCUGUCAGGCGUCAAAAUCAGGAUGAAACUGAGGUCCAGUCAGACAAGAUGGUUGUCACAUCAACACCAGCAGAAAAAUGUGCAGGUGGAGACACAGUGUAUAUCAUUGAGGAAGAAGAGACCCCAUCAGGUAAUAAAGCACAAUCCAUUGAAGCUAAAUCUAAAUUGACACCUCCAAUCAAGCAAUGGAAUGAGGAUGAAACUGAGGUCCUGUCAGAAAGUAUGGAUGUCUCACCAACACCAGAGGACAAACCUGAAGUUGGAGAGCCCAUGAAUGUCAUUAAGGGAGAAGAGACAAAGAAGACCCCAUCAGAUAAUAAAGAACAAUCCCUAGAAAUUGGACCUAGACCCACGCUACCAGUCAGGCAUCGAAAUGAUGAUGAAACUGAGGUCCAAGCAAACAAGAUGGUUGUCAUAUCAACACCAGCAGAACAACUUGCAGGUGGAGACACAGUGUAUAUCAUUGAGGAAGAAGAGACCCCAUUAGUUGAUAAAGCACAAUUCAUAGUAGCUGAACCUAAACUGAUGCCACAAGUCAGGCAACCAAAUGAGGGUGAAACUAAUGUCCAAUCAGACAAGAUGGAUGUCUCAUCAACACCAGGGGAGAAACCUGAAGUUAGAGACACUAUGCAUUUCAGUGAGGAGAAAGAAUCGAAAAAGACCCCAUCAGGUGCUAAAGCGCAAUCCUUGAAAUUUGAACCUAAACCGAUGCCACCAGAAAGGCGACGAAAAGAGGCUGAAACUGAGGUCCCAUUUGACAAGGUUGAUGACUCAUUAACAUCAGCAGAAAAACCUGAAAAUGGAGACACCAUUCAUAUAAUUAAGGAGGAAGAGUCUAAAAAUACCCCAUCAGAUAAUAAAGCACAAUCCGCAAAAAUUGGACCCAGACCCACACCACCUGUCAGGCGUCAAAAUGAGGAUGAAACUGAGAUCCAGUCAGACAAGAUGGUUGUCACAUCAACACCAGCAGAAAAACGUGCAGGUGGAGACACCGUGUAUAUCAUUGAGGAAGAAGAGACCCCAUCAGGUAAUAAAGCACAAUUCAUUGAAGCUAAAUCUAAAUUGACACCUCCAAUCAAGCAAUGGAAUGAGGAUGAAACUGAGGUCCAGUCAGAAAGUAUGGAUGUCUCACCAACACCAGAGGACAAACCUGAAGUUGGAGAGCCCAUGGAUGUCAUUAAGGGAGAAGAGACAAAGAAGACCCCAUCAGAUAAUAAAGAACAAUCCCUAGAAAUUGGACCUAGACCCACGCCACCAGUCAGGCAUCGAAAUGAUGAUGAAACUGAGGUCCAAGCAAACAAGAUGGUUGUCAUAUCAACACCAGCAGAAAAACUUGCAGGUGGUGACACAGUGUAUAUCAUUGAGGAAGAAGAGACCCCAUUAGUUGAUAAAGCACAAUCCAUAGUAGCUGAACCUAAACUGAUGCCACAAGUCAGGCAACCAAAUGAGGGUGAAACUAAUGUCCAAUCAGACAAGACGGAUGUCUCAUCAACACCAGGGGAGAAACCUGAAGUUAGAGACACUAUGCAUUUCAAUGAGGAGAAAGAAUCGAAAAAGACCCCAUCAGGUGCUAAAGCACAAUCCAUGAAAUUUGAACCUAAACCGAUGCCACCAGAAAGGCGACGAAAAGAAGCUGAAACUGAGGUCCCAUUUGACAAGGUUGAUGACUCAUUAACAUCAGCAGAAAAACCUGAAAAUAGAGACACCAUUCAUAUAAUUAAGGAGGAAGAGUCUAAAAAUACCCUAUCAGUUGACAAAGCAUCGUCUGUAGAAAAUGAACUGACGCCACCAGUCAUAAGAUGGAAUGAGGGUGAAAGCAAGGUUCAAUUUGACAAGGCGUAUGUCACACCAACACCUCCAACCAGACAAUGUAUAGGUGACUUGUCUCUAAACCUUGAAUCACAGAUACUUCAAGAAGUUCUUCCCACCCCACCAAGCAGAAGACAUAGAGAGAAAUUGGGAAGUAAAAGGCUUUCGCUUGACCUAGAGUCCCUACCCACACCACCAGCAAGACGACGUCAACAGAAAGGAGAAGAUCUAACAUUUUCACUUAAUCUGGAGACCCAACCAACACCACCAGCAACACAACAUAGAGAAAAAGACCAAAGAUUAUCACUUGAUCUGGACACCCAACCCACUCCACCAGCAAGAAGACAAAAAGAGAAAGGAGAAGAUCAAACAUUUUCACUCAAUCUGGAGACCCAACCAACACCACCAGCAAGACGACCUAAAGAAAAAGAAGACCAAGUAUUAUUGUUUGAUCUGAAGACCCAACCCACUCCACCAGCAAGAGAGCGUAAAGAGAAAGAAGAUCAAAGAUUUUCACUCGAUCUGGAGACCCAACCAACACCACCAGCAAGAAGACAUAAGGAUAAUACAGAGAGUGAUACAGUUUUCCAUAGUGCUGAUUUAAGGAAAAUUGAUAAUCAACAAACUAGUGAACAAAGAGACAGAGAAGAGCCUAAGGUUAAACUAACCCCACCUGUUAGACGCAAAGUUAGUCAAGCAGAAAGUGAUGUGACUUUGGGAGUUUGCAAAACCCAAGAAGAGAGGGAGAACAUUGUGAAACCCACGCCACCAACAAGAAGGAAAGAUUGCAAAGUUGACAAACAAUUAGUCGCAGGUGCGGUUAAAUUGCAAGAAGAGAAGAGCAUGGUCAAACCAACUCCUCCUCUGAGGCGAAAAGACAGUCGAGCAGAAACUGAGAUGGUUUCUGCUACUUCAAAAAAUGAACUUGAGGAGCUUUCCCCUCAACCAACUCCACCGACUAGGAAAAAGAAAGAUGAAGCUGAUGCUGACAGAGUUCCUUUGAAACCAGCGGAGCCACAGGUCAUACCAACUCCACCAACCAGGCACAAAGAAAGUUCAGAGAAUGAAAAAGUUUCUGUCUGUGCACCAAUGGAGGAGGAAUCUGAUGUUUACCCAGUAACCAAACAGGAAGAUGAAGUGGAUCAUAUCAGUAGGCCAUUAAUUGGUCAGGAACAGCUAGAAGAGGGGGAGGACUCUGUUACCUUGGUCCCAGAACACAUAGCUGUUGUCAGUCAAACUGAGAGCAUCAGUGGGUUGCAGCCACAGGAUCAAGCUGUGGAUAUUUCUACUCAAGUUGAUCUUACCACUGAAAACACUAAGAGUCCAGUAGAGGAAGAGGAAGAGGAGGAGCCACUGGGACUCACAACGAAGCAUAUCUUCUUGGUGAUCAAACAAAUGACUGAAAAGGGACCUAAAACUGUACUCACAGAGGGUAUGCCAUAUGAAAGUCCCUUGAAAAUUCUGGACACGUCCAGUGCUGAUCUCGAAACUCGAUUAAAAAGACUAGUGUUCCAUUUAUUGGACCUUCGAAAUCAUACAGCUGCACUGAACUCCACAGACAUGGCCAAACAGCUAGAGGAGGCUGAGGAAUGUAGAAGGUAUGCCCAGAGACAGGUGUCCAUGAUGUCUAAGCAAGACCAGGUUAGUGAUGACAUUGACACCAGCACUAAUGGCACAGUCCAUGACACUAAGGCCAUGCAGCAGCUGAAUGCUCAGUGGAGUGCAGCAUUGUUGGAUGCAGCAACUGCUGUCCACUCCAAGGAAGCUCAGCUACAGAUGGUUGCAGAUUUUGACAGACAGACACAGAAAGUCAAAGCUAUUCUGGAGAGACUCCAAACUGAACGUGAGGCAUUAAGGACAUCUCCAGCUGAGAGCAGUUUUAUUGAGGAAGAGAGGCUACACUCUUUCUUGAGAAACAUGGAGCUGGAAAGGACAGCUGUUGGUGAGCUGAUUCAGACUCAUGCAAAAUUAUCGCCCUACCUCAGUCUGCCUGAGAGACAAAUGGCAGAAAUACAGAAAAAUACCUUACAGGGCCAGUGGAGAGUGCUGGAAAGGGAUGCAGAGAUGGCUCUUUACAGGGUCAGUGCUUAUUCCAAAGAAAGUGCUAGACUUCUUCAAGAGAUCAGUGCUUUAAAAUACCAUCUAGAGAACAUCAAGAAGACCUUGGACUCAUCAGAAUCCUCACCAGCUGUAUGGGAUAGCAAGAGAGCUAAAGAAGUUAUGAAUAUAAAUGCUGAUCUCGCUUCCACCCAACAGCAGUACCUCAAUCUUCACCAGACCUCUGAGGAUCUUGCCAAAGGUUUCCAAUUUAAGGCAGAGACAUACAGCAUUGAGCGAGACCUUCAGAACAUCAAAGACCAGCUGGAUCAAAUGGGUAAACAGUUAGCAACUGCAGCCCCUACCAGCAGAAACCCAACAUUAAGUAAAAUUGUAAAGGUGAUGACAGAUGCACUGGCUUGGGCCAAGCAGACAGAAUUUCAUAUUAAAGGACAGCAGAAGAAGGUGUCUUUGCUUCCAGAAGAUGUCCAUCGACAGAUUAAAGAUUUAAAGAAAUUGCAGUCUGAGAUGAGCUCCAAGCAAACCCAGUUAAAGGCUUUGGUUGAGGAAGUCACCGAGCUGAUACCUGACCUAGAAGAGUCUGAUGUUCCUAUGGUGACCUCAUCCUUGAAGGCUCUUGAAGAUUUGUCCAAAUCGACAGCAGAGAGACUAGCUGAGGCGGUUCGUGAAAUGGAGUCAGGGCUUCAAACCCGGGAGAAGAUGUCAGAGCAGAUAGCAGAUGUUGAUUCCUGGGUGGUUGGACAUCUCCAAAGGGAGGCUUUGAGGAGAGAGGAUUAUCAGAUUUUAAGUGUGGCAGACCUGGAUCGCAGGUUGAGGCAGAUUAAGGAGUCUCUUAAAGAAGCAGAAAAGCAGUCUGCUGUUCUUGAAGCACUUCUGAUGAAAAGCAGAGAUAUUUUCUCAGAGCUAAGUGUCUCUGAGAGUUCUCAGCUCAAUGAGAAACUCACCAACCUUCAAGAGGACAUCAAGAGUAUCGUCAGCUAUGAGAAAUCUUGUAGACAGAAAGUUAUGGAUGUCAUGCAGAACCAAGAAUCAUCUCAGAGGAAAGUAUCAUCACUUGAGAAGAGUCUGAGACAAAUGCUGUUUGACGUAAAAAGUCACAGGUUCCCUGUUACCAAGGACACCCUCUCCUCCAUCGAGCCCAUCAAACAGAUGAUUGUGGAAUGCAAAUCCCAGGUUGACCUAGUCAAUCCCUGUGCAGAGGACAAGAGAAGAGAGCUGUUAUGUGUUAUCACUGAACUGCACCAGAAAAUGAACGAUUUGGAUCACAAAGCACAAGCUCAUGUAAGGUACUUGACCCUUAGUCAGUGUGUUGAAGAUCUCAGGGAAGAAGUGGAGGCUCAGAUUCCAAGGACCAAAGACAACAGUGUAAACCAUGAGGCACGCUACAAAGCCUGUCAGGCCCUAUUGACCCAUAUCCCUUUAAUACAACUCUUGUGUGAGGAAACAAGAGAUCAGCUCCAGGAUAUCACAGUAGAUCUUUAUCCAUCUCAGCUUUCUGCGGAGCAGGCAAGACUUAAACAAAUCCUGGAAAAUCUAAAAACUCAGGAAUUGGCAGUGCACAAUAAUCUUCAGAUAGUGGAGUUGGAUCUACUGAAACACAUUCAUUAUCCAUCAGAACAGAGAGUUCUUUAUACUUUCCUCAAAGAGACCAGUGAGGAACUGGAAAAGCCUUUUGAUAUUGAACCAAAAGAUGAUGUAAUUGAAAAAGAACUGAGAAAGUGCCUAGUGCUCAGAAAGGACAUAGAAUCCAGAAUGCGAGUACUUGAGAUCCUUGAAAAUAGGAUUGGAGCUCAAUGUAAACAGAGGCCAGAAGACUCCAAAUGGCUCACUUGCUUGAAGGAUAUGGUUUUGGAAAAGUGUGAUCAGCGAAUGGUGAGCCUAACUAAAGCCAAGGAACUGUUGAGAAACUACACCAAGGCAGUGAUUAAAACCAUUAGGUUUUUCGAAAGAGCUGUGUUGGUCCUCCUUCCCUCAAUCUGCUCUGCUAGAAGCUGUUCAGAAAGACUCAAAGACACUCAGCAAGCUUUAUCAAUUCUAGACACUGAGUUCCAGUCCCAUGUUUCACAGCUCCAAACUCAAGCCCCACAGAAUCCCUGUUUCAAACCACAGAAAAUUGAGUUUCUCCAGACAGAGGUUCUAGGUGAGCUCCUGGUUAGGCUGUCGACCCUCAAGGCCCAGGCCCAAAUACAACUGGAAACUCUGAAGAGGUGUGUUGAGUGCCAGAAAUCUUCUCGUAAAUGUUAUGAAGAGCUGUGUCAACAAGUGAGGGACUCAGAAACAUUGCUAUCACAGUGUGCUUCCAGUAAAAUCACUUCACACAAAGACUGCAAAGACCAGCAUCAGAAUCUCAAGGUUCUAUUGGAAGAGGUUGCCAUGCUUCCUGGGAGACUGGAGGAUCUGAGAGAGUGGUGCUCAUUGCAUGGCUGCAGAGCCAACAGGGAGGAUGCAGUAAGCGCCCUUUGGGGGCAGGUGGCAAGAUUGCAGCAUUGUGGCAACGAUCUGCAGAUACGCUUGAAACAAAUGGAAGAAGAAUGGAGUGAUGUCAAAAAGAGUGUGAAUCGGGCAGCCACUGUGUUGGAGCAGGUGGAGGCAGAACUUCCUGACAGCAGCAGAGAGAAUAAGACUGGUGACGAGUUGCAGGAACUGCUGCUGUUUUGGUCCCAGUACCAGGACAGACUGGACUGUGAACACAGAGCUCUCUCUGCAUUGGAAUUAAGAGCUGCUAGGUUGCUUGGUGUCCCCUCCCAUCUGGAACAGGCCCCUCCCAUUGCACUGUGCCAAGAGCUUCGAGCCCUACAGGAGCGUUACCACAGUCUAAAGGAGCAGAGCACUCAGGGUCAGAGGUCAGUGAGAGCUGAGGUAGAGGAGAGGGAGCGGGUACAGGUGCAGCUACAGGGGGUCAGAGAAUGGGUGGAUGCUGCUGUCUCUCUCCUCUCUGUACUGGAGCACGAGCCCAGCAAGAAACAGCUUCAGGAGGUUCACUCGCAGCUGUGUACCCAGAAGGCUGUUCUGCAGCGGAUCUCGGAAGGCUUGAAGAUGACGUACUCUGACAGAAACACGCUGGUUCCCGAGGAGAUUGAGGGAAUAUUACAGGAAGUCUCACACUCAUUACAGCAAGUGGAGCAGCAGGUAGAGACAGCCGUGGAGAAGAGCGGUCCUCUUAACAGGCUGACUGCCAAGAUCUCAGAGAUUAAAGCAGGUCUGGGUUCAGUUCAGAGCUGGUUAGAGCAGAAGAGCCUGAACUUCACUGAAGCUGAGAGCACACAGAAGCAUGUGUGGGAUGAGCUGGACAGUUUACACACUCGCCUGACGGCGGUGGAGGUAGAGCUACAGGACGUGAGUGAGGUGUAUCCGGACGAGACCCGUCUGAUCUUGGAAAACCUUACAAACACUCAGCAGACACACACACGCCUUAACAAACAGGCCGAACAGAGGACUGCCUUCCUCAGCAAGGUCCGUGACUGGCUGCAGGAACAUAAGGAGAUGGUGAAGGGGUCACAGAGCUGGAUUUUAGAAGCUCAGUCUUGGCUUACCACACCCUGUACAUACACCACUGCCAGAUGCCUGGACAGCCAUGUGAAUGCACUGCAGAUGGUGCUGGAUGAUUCCGCUCAGAUGAGACGGACUCUUCAGGGUUUCGGCAGUGUGCUAACAGAGAUGGGAAGUGUGUUUGAUGUCAGUCCAUUGGAGGAGCAGCUCUCAAACGCUGAUCGACGUGUGGCAGACAUGCAACACAGCCUACUGGGACCUCUUUCUCAGCUCGAGCAUGCAGCUGCAGAAGUGGAUGCCAUUGAGUCAGAGAUGAAGGUCAUGGAGAAAGAUGUGGCCAAAAUCAAGUCUACCCUGACCAGCACAGAUGACAUCAGUAAGGACAAACUCAAGGCCACGGAGGACAGGAUUGACCUGAUGAAAAGGACUGUAGCUGAGAUCCAGAACUGUAAAGAUGGUCUUUGUCUCCCUGACAAAGCUGAAAACACACUCCUAGUGUUCAAAAGAGCUGAACUGCUACAGAAACAAUUGCUGGAACUAGAGCAGCUGGCUCUAGAAUACUUGAUUGAGGUGCAAGAUACAUCUACCCUGCCUCUCAGUACCACACCCAUCACUGCACCGCCCCCCAGUGCCACGCCCCUCUUCGUUCCGCCCACUAUAACUGAAGAAGAGGCACAGGAGAGCGGUCAGAUUCAGAUUGUGCACGUCGAGGACGAUGUGUUGAAGAAAUCAGGAGCAAUGCUGAUGACAAUAGGGCAGUCCACACCUGAGCAGAGACUCACCUGGAUCACUGAGAGGAGCAGUCACACCCCCACAGAACAACAGCAGGAGUCUGAUGAAGAGGAGGAGAUCUUUGAGGAUGUGGGAGAUGGGGAGGAUGAUGAUGAUGAAGACAAUGAAGAAUAUGAAGAUCAAAUAGAAAAUGAGGAUGAGGAAGCAAAAGGAAGUUUAUCCACUUCCACCAGUGUGAUCAUGGAGGAAACUGAUUCAGCUGCUCCAGUUGGUUCUACAGAAUGUAAAGAAGAGAGUCUUGACCAAACAAAAGCAACAGACUCAAAGUUGGAAGUAGACACAUCUGUUGCCUCAGAAACAGGUUUGUCAGAAGCUUUAUCUGAAGCAGAUGCCACAGUGGAAAGCCAGUCUCUCCCUGCAGAAAUGGAGCAGGGUGCAUGGAGGGGGGAACAGACGCCACACACCAGUGACACUCACACACUUACACACACCACAAACAACAUCACAGAUGAAAUAAACAAACAUUCUAAGUCACAAACCCCACCCAUAGAAGCAGAAGACACAUUGGCCUGUCCUAAAGUCAUGACCCUUGACGAAGGGGAGGGCAGGACCUUAGCAAAACCUGUGGGGGUCUCCGAAAUAUCAUCCACACCUAGUCAACACAUUAAUUUUGGGGGCUCAGAGACCAUCUUAAAUUUACCUCAGGGCAUAGGCUCCACAAAACCCAGAGACAAAACACCAGAGUCUCAUACACACACUCCAACACCCACCACAUACGCACACAUCCCAUCAAAUGCAGAGGAUCAGGGGUUAGGCAGCAGAAGCACACAAUCUUGUGAUGUACACAUAUGUAUUCAGGACUUAAACACCAAUACACAAUCACAAACCACAGUCACACCUCACCUGGAGAAGACAGAGCCUAUGGCCACAGACAGAUCCUUGGCCGCAGCAGGUGAAGCUAGGGACUCAGGUGGAUGGUUGUCUAGUGACAGACUGCUCCAUGUCUGCCGUGAGAGGACCGAGCAGCUGGAGGCGUGUCUGGAGAGAGCACAGGUCAGCCUGGAGGGGUCGAGACAGCCAACACGGGACGCAGCCAUGCAGCACAGCGUUGAACAACAACUUGAGACCUGCCAGACGAUUCUUAUGGAGAUUGAGCAGAGGAUCUCCAGUCUUCCUGUGUGUGGACUGAAAGAACAGGAGCAACAUGAGGCUGAAUCACUUAACACGAGACUCCAGCUGCUGAAGAACAGACUAGUGACCGUCCAAAUACAGCUGCAUGAGAAACACACCGAAGAUCAGGUGUGUGUUGAGAGAGAGUGCCCCCUGCAGGCCAGGUUAAAGCGUAGCAGCAGUGUGCAGGACAUGCUGAGUUCAUCCAGAGGCAAACUUUUCAGACAAAGCAGUCUUCAACAACAAAUGGAAUUGGAGCAUGGUUUGAAUGAACAGAGGGAUUUAACUAAAGCCAUUGCAAUUCAAGGCAGCAAAGCCCGAGUACACAGCCAGAGCACAGAAGAACACACAUGCCCCUCGGCAGCAGAAGAGAAUAAAGACAAGAGACAGGAAGUAGAGUUAGCGGUCCACAGGAAGUGGACACACCUUCGCAGCAGAUUGACCAAGACAGCAGAGUCAGAGCAGAAUGGAGACAAAGAUCAGGAUCCGUCUGAGAUUCUCGCUCCAUCAGUAUGUUUGUGGAGUGGAUCUGCUGUUUCUCUUUGUCUGCGGGAGAUUCAAUCAAACAUCACACAACUCAAAGAACUGGAACACUCUGCAGUUGCACAGGAUCAUCAAUGUCUGGAUGAAGGUCUGUUUGAGGUGUUGAGUGGGGUGGAUCUCACUCUCAGCUCUGUCACACACACUCUCCUGUUUCAGCUAGCAUCCUCACACCCCGAUAUUCAAAACCAGCUGCAGCAGCUACAGAGUCUAUCUGCAGAGUUGACUUCUUUGAGUGCCAUGUUGACCUCCCAGGGGUCAGAGGUCAUAAAGUUGUUAGGUUCGGAUUCAGUGGUAUCAGAGACCUCUGUGUGCCUGGAUCUGCUGAUGCAGCAUGUGUGUGAUGUUCAAAAGACUCUCACUGAGAAACAGGAGCAGCUACAGGACCGAAUGAAACACACAACUCAGCUGCAGAUAAGAGUGAAAGACCUGCAUGACUUGGUACUAACUAACACGUCACCCCUUUACCCAACAACUUAUGGAGAAACUCACCAUGACCUUCACACACAGCUGCAGGCUGUCACUAGGCGGAAACAGGAAGUGGAGCAGACCACAAGAGAGCUGGCAGAACUCAGAAAGGAGACAGAGAGUGAGAGUCAACCCUCAUCCCUCACGCAGGAGAUCAGCACACUGGAGGCGGUAUUGGACAGUGUGUGGAGUGAUUUAGAGCAGCGCUGUGGAGCUGUGCAGUGGAGUCUAGAUCAGCAGAAGAUGAGUGAGAGGGUACUGAAGGGUCUACAGAUACUGCUGGAUCUGGGCAGAGAGAAACUAACCUGCACCUUUCACCUGGAGCUCAGCAAUCCAACACAACUACAGACACACCUCAAUACACACAAGAAGUUUUUCCUGUCUCUGGGCUCCCACCUACGGAGACUGCAGCAAUUGAGUGUGCGGAUGCCAAACAGCACCCCCUCUGGCUGGGAGUCUGCAGUGUCUGAGCUCGAACGCAAAGUGUCCAGUGUACUGCAGCAGGCUCAGGCUGUAGGGGCAGUACUGCAAUCAGCACUGCAGGUUUCAACUCAAAGGGAAGAAAAUCGUUUGUGGUUAGAAAAACUGCUGCAGAGGUUAGAAACUCAACUUCCCUUAAUGCUUCUGCAAGACCAAUCCGAGACGCAGCUCAGCAAAAAUAUUUCUGUAUAUCAGAGUGUGCAGGCAGUUCUGGAGGAGAACAGAGCUCGGAUCAGUCUGGUUCUGGAUGAGAGCUGCAAAAAGCAGGAGCAGAUUUCUAUUAGUGAAGUGGGCGUCCCUAUACAUAUAGUGGGCGUGUCUACACUAAGGCUGGAGCAGCGAUUGGCUGCACUUCAGAGUAAGGUGAAACAGGGACUGGACUCCACACACCAGCUGAAGAAACUCUGGAACAGGUAUCGAAGUGAUUCUGGGGCUCUCAAUGAGUGGAUGGGUGGAGCCAAGGAAUGCCUUCUCACCUUUAGAGAUCAUAGGAUCUCAGCUCAACAGGAAACAGACCACACCCUCUCCCACUUCCAGCACUUCACAGAGUUUAUUAAGGAGCUAGAGGUGAAAUCUGCCCUUAAGGCAUCAGUGAUCAGUUCUGGAUCUUUAAUCCUUCUGCUUGGUGAAAGAGAGCAAAACACUGAGGCGCAGAACAUUAACAGAACCAGUACUGCUCUAAGAACAUCCAGAACAUCUGCUGAAGACCUACAACCAACUGAAACUAGAAACCUUACCUCUGUUGUCCUAGAAAAUAACCAUGAAGACACAUCAUCUGCUGAGGAUGCUUUAGAAACCGAUUUGUCCUCUGUUCAGAACAUUUCUUCAGAGGACUCUAAUUCUACCAUGGAAAGAUCCGACACAAAUGUUGCCAAAUGCGGUUUCGAUCAAGGAAAUAUCCAAGACAUACCGCCAGCAGGUGGCAUUAGUUUUGUGGACAUCUCUGCAGCUAAAGACAUUUUGUCAUUAGACAACAUCACAAAUGAAGAUUUGAGGAUUAAGGAACCAGUCACAUCAGUACAGAAAAUGGUUUUGUCUCCUGUUCUGCUGUCUCUCCAGUCCCAGUUAUCCCAGGUGGAGCAGGACUGGGAAGAGAUACAGACACAAAUACCUGCCAUCCAACAGAAACUGCAUCAGACUGUGGUGGAGAGGCUGUCUCCUGAAGAGCUGCUGGCUAAUGUGUGUGGCUGGAUUACAGAUGCUGAGAGCAGGUUACAGGCAGCUGAGCAAAAGGGUCACAACACCUGUACUGCCACAGAGCUCACACACCUGCUCAAAACAUAUCAGGAGCUAAAGAGAGAGAUAGGCUGUCAGCAGAUGUCAGUUGAGUUUAUUAAUCAGUGUGAGCUGAAGCAGGUGGGGUUCGACUCCCAGACCAACAGAUACAGACACACUGCAUUUGCUGAACGCUUGGGACACGUCAAUCUGCGCUGGCUCACUCUUCAGGCUCACCUCAACAGACAGAUCCAACAGACUGAAGAACAGGUGAUGAUAUGUGCAGAACGAGAGAACAAACUUAAAUUCCUGCAGCACUGGGUCAGAGGUAAAAAAACAUGGAUGCGAUUGCCUGCAAGACCUGCCAGUCGCUCAUUUGCUGAAAGGAGCCUAAAGGACUGUGACGAGAUGGGGGAAAAGUUGAAGGCCAAAUUCUCAGAACUUGCUGAGCUGAGAAAGAGAAGACUUUCUCCUGAUGAAGAAGACAGAGAUAAGGACUUCCUCACAAAAGCUGACAAUAUCUCCCAAUCUUUAACGGAACUUUUGCAACAGAAUUUAUCCCUUGGGAGUACUCUGCAGCAGCUGUGUAACGUGUGGUCUCAGUUUGAAAGUGGGAGGAGUCAGGCAGUUCUGAACACAAUGAAGAUCCGUCAAUCACUAGAGUACUUCCAAGCCCCUCUGCCCUCUCUCUCUGCCAUCCAGAGCAACAUUGUUAAGCUACAGGUCUUUAAAGAUGAGGCUGACAAGAUUGAAAGGCAAUGGGAGGAUCUUAGCGAAACAAUGUCAAGCCUGAUUGUUGGGAUUAGCUCAGACUCGGCCCAGAUAUUAUCUGAACAACUAGAAAAAGAGAAAGCAAUGUGGUCAGAGGUGAAGGAAAAGGUCACACACGGCUUGCAGAGGUCACACGGUGUUCUGCAGGUGUGGCAGAGAUACUCUGAUUUAAGACACACCUGCUCAGAGCGGCUCCAGCAUCACAGAGAGCAGCUUGUCACCCACACCAAAAUACCUGCUGACCACAAACAACUUGCACACAACAUCGAGGAGCUAAAGACUGUGUUACAGAGAAGUUCUGAUACUCAACAAACUGAUAUGAAUGAAAUGCUUGAAGCAUCAAAAGAUCUGAUUGAACAGAUGGAAGAUGAAGAUGCUGUUUUCAUCAGAUCAGAGUGCCGUUUGUUAGCACGCAGUUUCCUGCAGUUAGACCAGACACUGAGAGGAAGAAUUCAACACAUGCAGGAGGAUCUCGAGCAGUGUAAGGAGUUUGAAAAAUUAUUCCAGACCCUUGAAACACAAUUACAACAGUGGGAAAGCAAGCAAGAAAUGGACUGCCAGCGCACAGAUAUAUCUGAGUUGGGUCUGAUGGAGGUCAGUUAUCUCUCCCCUGAUCUGGAUCUCCUAAACACAAUAAGUUACAGACUGACCCUCAGUGACCCCAUGACACAGAGGCUGCAGAACCUCAACAGGAAGUGGGCACAGGCCUCUGCACAUGCUCAGGAGAGAUGCAGUGAGUUGCAGGCAACCUCUCUCCAGCAGCAGAGCUUUGAGCAGAGGUGUGAGAGCUGGCUGGCUUUCCUACAGCGCAUGGAGGAUGGUUUGGCUGUAGAGAUCUCAACAACUUACACUGGACUAAGAGAACAACAGCGCACACACCAGUGUUUUCAGGCUGAGUUGUCUUUAGGCCAUCAGAUCCUUCAUUCUGUGAUCAGUGAAUCUCUGCUCCUAUUGCAGAAGGGAGAGGUGGAUGACAGGAGUGACUUCCUGUUAAAGCUGGCGCAGCUGAGAGAACACUGGCAGGGGGCAGUCCAGAGAGCAGCUCAACGGCGCAAUCUAGUGGAAGGGCUCGUACAACACUGGCAUCUUUACACACACACACUGCAGAAACUCCGCAAACUUCUCACACUUGCACACACACUUCUGUCUCCCUCUGGUCCCACACACUGCAGUGUCCUGCAACUGCGCCUUUCAUUGGAAGAUCUGAAGCGUAUGGAGCUGUUGUUUCAAAGGUCAGUGUCUGCUUAUCUGUGCGUUAUGGAGGUAGGCAGGCAGCUGUUCUCUGUGAGUGACACGCAGACGCAAACACAGUUGCAGACAGACCUGGCAGCCCUGCAAGAAGACUGGGAGCAGUGCCAGUGCAUGAUGGGAAAGAGGAAGACUCUCACAGCUGACAUCAUCAAGAAGUGGGAGACCUGUGAGACCAGACUAACUGAUCAGGCCCAGCGCCUGGAGGAGCUGCAAGCCAGACUGAAGCAGUCAAUACCAGAUCAACAGGAGGAGAUGGAGGAGGAACACCUCUUAGUGAAGGAGGUUCAGGAUUGUUUGGAGGACUGGGCAGUCAGUUUGUCCGAGCUCAGCACGAUGAAGACGGAUCUGUCCCAGUACAUCCUCACCGAUGACGUCCUCCUCCUGCAGGAGCAAGUGGACCAUCUGCACUGCCAGUGGGAAGAACUCUGCCUCAAAGUGUCUCUGCGUAAGCAGGAGAUUGCUGACCGGCUAAACGCCUGGAUCAUUUUCAAUGAGAAGAACCGUGAGCUGUGUGAAUGGCUGACACAGAUGGAAAACAAAGUGGCGAACAGCGCCGAGCUCAGCAUCGAGGAGAUGGUGGAGAAACUCAAGAAGGACUGCAUGGAGGAGAUCAACCUGUUCAGUGAGAAUAAAACACAUCUGAAACAGCUUGGAGAACAACUCAUCUCUGCCAGCAACAAGACCAAAGAGACAGAAAUCAAUGAAAAGAUCAAGGACAUCAAUGACCGCUGGCAGCAUCUAUUUGAUCACAUCGAAGCCAAGGUAAGGAAGCUGAAGGAGAUGUUGGUGACAGUACAACAGCUGGAUAAGAACAUGAGUAAUCUCCGCUCAUGGCUGUCCCGCAUUGAGGGUGAGCUAGCUAAACCCAUCGUCUACAGCGUCUGCCACAGUGAGGAAAUACAGCGUAAACUAGCAGAGCAUCAGGACCUUCAAAGGGACAUUGAACAGCACACAGAGGGUGUGACAUCUGUCCUGACCCUGUGUGAUGUUUUGCUGCAUGAUGCGGACGCUUGUGGCAGUGAUGGAGAAAAUGACUCCAUUCAGCAGACCACACUCAGUCUGGACCGUCGCUGGAGGAACAUAUGUGCCAUGUCCAUGGAAAGGAGAAUAAGGAUUGAGGAGACAUGGCAUCUGUGGCGCAAGUUCCUGGACGACUAUGCACGCUUUGAAGAGUGGCUUAAUACAGCAGAACGCACAGCGGCCAAUCCCGCCACCAAAGACGUGCUCUACACCUGUGCUAAAGAGGAACUCAAAAAGUUUGAGGCGUUCCAGCGUCAGGUCCAUGAGCGUCUGACGCAACUGGAGCUGGUAAAUAAACAAUAUCGCCGUUUGGCGCGAGAGAACCGAACUGACGGCGCCAGUAAGAUGAAGUUGAUGGUACACAAGGGAAACCAGCGCUGGGAUACACUACAGAAAAGAGUGGCUGCUGUGCUCCGCAGGUUAAAGCAUUUCACAUCUCAGCGUGAAGACUUCGAGGGUACGAGGGAGGGGAUUCUGGUGUGGUUGACUGAGAUGGAUCUUCAACUCACCAAUGUGGAGCAUUUUUCAGAGAGUGAUAUCCACGAGAAGAUGCGUCAACUCAACGCAUUUCAGCAGGAGAUCACUCUAAACACGAAUAAGAUCGAUGCUCUGAUUGUGUUUGGAGAGAAUCUGAUCCAGAAAAGUGAUCCACUGGACGCUGUACUCAUUGAAGAUGAGCUAGAGGAGCUGCACUCAUACUGCCAAGAAGUUUUUGGCAGGGUCGCCCGAUUCCACCAUCGCCUCAUCAGCAGAUGCCCGGCGCUGGAGGAGGAAAGAGAUUUCUCAGACAGAGACACAGAUCCGGAGGACUCGGCUGAAUUCAGUGGGGUGUGGGAGAGGGAAAGAGAGGAGGAGGAAGCUGCUAUGAGUUCUGAUGUUUCUCUGACGGUACGACAAGCUGUGUGCCACCUGUUACCACCUGCUCUAGAGUGCUCGGGGCGUGAGACGCCCACCAGUGUGGAUUCCAUCCCACUGGAGUGGGACCACACAGUCGAUGUGGGGGGAUCUUCAUCUCCAGAGGAUGAUGAGGAAUUGACGUACUAUAGUGCCCUAUCAGAUGUAGAGGUCACUGAGAGCUCUGAGUCAUAUGUAAAAGCUACAGCAAAAGUUCUGAAGGCUGUGACUGGGGGGAGAUCAGUGGUUGAGACAUGGCAUUCUCCCGAUGUGCCAGACAGGAAACGAGUAAACAGAGAGAUCAUCACUUCUUCCCCCUCUGACACCACCACACCGUAUGAACCACAGGCCUAUGAUAAGCUCAUGUCUGAGUGUGCUGGCAGUAUAGACAGUAUAAAACGAGUGAAACUGAUUAUGAAUGAGGAAGAUCAGCUGGAGGAUCAGGGACUGACGUCCCUCUCUGCAGCAGAUAAGACAGGGGUGAUCGAGCGAUGGGAGCUCCUGCAGGUGCAGUCGUGCAGCACGCCGCAGGAUCUUCAGCAGUGGCACAAACUGAACUCUGACCUCUGUGAUGUCAUGGCAUGGCUCAACGGUGUGCUGCCCGAGCUGAAGAAACUACAAACGCUAGAGCCAAAAACCAACAUAAGAGACAUGGAGAGCAAUAUCCACAAACUAAAGGAAAUGCAGAGAACGUUUAACGGCUACAAAUCGGUGAUGAUUGGUGUUAAUCUAAGUGGGCAGGGCUUCCAGAACAGAGACAGCACUGAACUACAGGAACUGCAUGAGAAUCUGCAGUCAGCCAACCAGAAAUGGGCACAGGCCUGUGCGGCCCUGGACAGCUGGGAGCACCGACUGCACAAAGCACUCAUGGAGUGUCAGGAGUUCCACGAGACUCUUCACUCUCUACUGCUGUGGUUAGCUAAAGCAGAGAGCCAGCGUUACAUGGUCAACAUCCAUGACCAAAACACAGACCUCAACAUCCUGCAAGAGCAUCAAGAUACACUCAAGACAGUUCAACAGGACUUGCAGUCUCGUGAGAAGGAGGUGUACUCCCUGCAGGAGAUCUCAUCCCAGAUCCUGCUACAGGACCAGGGAGAAGAUACCCUGGAGGCCAAAGAGAAGGUGCACGUCAUCAGCAACAAGUUACGGCUGCUGAUCAGACAGAUUGCCCAUGACCUGCACACACUGCAGACCAGACUGGACUUAUCGAGUCCUGAUGUGGGCGGGACAGCGUUGACACAGCACAAGGAAAGCACAGGACGUGUUUCACCGGGAUCUUCCACAAGUGUCAGGGCUGCCAAGGCUGAUUCGUCUCGUGCAAGGCCGUUCCUAUAUCGUGUCUUGCGAGCUGCUUUGCCCCUUCAUGUCCUCUUCCUGUUUUUACUGGUUUUGGCCUGCCUGGUGCCUCUCUCAGAAGACGACUACAGCUGCACUCUCUCCAACAACUUUGCCCGAUCCUUUUACCCCAUGCUCCUCUACACCAACGGACCCCCGCCGACAUGAGAAUGGACACUCGUAAACACACUGCUUCGGUAGAAUUAGAGAGAGAAAUAGGAUGUUUUUUCCCAAGAAACUCUCUUGUGGCAGAUCCGUUAAACUCUUACGUUUGUCUUCAACACUCAGUAGCAUUUAUUGCAACAAUCAGAGCACUUGACUUAACUUCCUGUUUCUGGUUGUAGGGUCUGUUGGUCACAGAGAGGGAUUGUUCUGAAACCUUCCUUCAAGAAAUAUGUACUGUAUAUUUGUAUUCUUAGAGAGCUUUUUGGGAAAAAAAUACAGGCUCGGAGCCUCAUCAAAGGGGAACUCAAAACAGUUUCUAACUGUAGUAUGUAGCAAAAUAGAACUCUGUCAUUGAGAGUCAUGGAAACACUGAAAUUGUCCUUUACACAAAAAGAAAUGUAUUUAUUUUUACUCAUAUCUUUAUUUUUUAAAUAGAAACCCUGUUGAUACAUCAACUGAGUGACUGGACUCACCUGACAAUUAGGGAAUAUGUUCAUACAUAUUGACUGAACGAGUUGUAUAAUUUCUGGGAAUCAAAGUCAAUGUGCAAUGACUUGCAGUGAUGAAAAUAUUUUAUUUGUUUCCUUAGUCAAUGCCAUGAAGGAGAGAAAUUAAGAGAAAGAGAGGUGUCAGGGUGUGUGCUAAUUUAAGUCUUUUAAAUUUUAGUCCUUUACAUUUAAAUGUAUUCAGCCUAAAGUUUGAUGGCUGCAUUUGUUUUUGUGUGUGCGUGUUGUUAAAUUAUCUAAUGGUUAAAUUAUCUCAACAAAGCUAGGGUACACGAUAUUGAUUUCUCUAAAUAUGUUCUACGGCUUUGUAGUCCAUUGCUAGAAGACUUCUGGCAGUAGACUCCAGUGUCCAGCUGUUUAUUUUAUUUUUUGCUUGGUUUUUGUUUUGGCUUUUUUGGUCAGUUGGAUGUUUAAGGUGUCUCAUAAACACUGAUUUCAAAGCCAUUUUGAUGCACAGAGCAGAAAAGAUGUCUAUUGACAUUUAAUAUUGCAGUUCUGAAAAACCACACAGUGAAAUUCAGUUAUGAUGGUAAUAAUUUGGUAAAAAGCCAACUAGUUUAACUCUCGCUCUUUCUGCCAAAGAGUCAGAUACUUUGUUUCAUUCUUAAUGGUUACCUUAAGAAUGCUGUUCCUCCACUUGUUCAUUUUAUGGGUUUUUAAUUUAAGCAAUUGUUAUAGUAUGGAUUACAUAUUGGGUCAGUUGACAUAGGCCAUGAUUUAAAAAGCCAUUAAUCACAGCAAAACAUUAAUUUUAUUACAAACUUAUUUUGCAGCAAACCUUGCACUGCCAAUGUGAGCUACUGGAAAGAGAGAAUGUUGAAUUAGGUGUGCAUUUUGUGCUUUAUUUUUGGAGUUUGAAGUAAAUUUUACUACAAAUAAACAUCAUGUACAAAUA